AUGUUCACCCAGUAUAUCUACGCUGUUUUAUUCACAAUUAUUUUUGCUACACUCCUGCAGUCAGGAUAUAGUCAAGAAGGAGAUGAUUGGAAUUAUCUUGUUUUAUCACUAACUUGGCCACCAACAUUCUGUAGCAAAGCUGAAUGUAAACUGCCACCAAGAAUGAAUGAUUUCAACAUUCAUGGAUUAUGGCCUUCUGUUUGGCCCGGUAGACAACCAACGAAUUGUUCAGCUCAUCCAGCCUUUGAUAUCGAUAAAUUGUCGGAUCUCAGGGGUCAAUUAGACUCUGAAUGGGUGAAUUUGAUGGACUAUCAAAAUCCAAUACCAUUUUGGGAACAUGAAUGGUAUAAACACGGUCAAUGUGCAACAGAAGACAGUUUAAUAUCUGAUGAACUUGGCUAUUUUAAUACGUCCUUAAUUUUAAAAGAUAAAAUUGAUUUACUGGACAAGCUGAAUGCAUUCGGAAUUCAACCAGUUAAUGAUCAGUUAUUAGGAAGAUCAACGUUACUCAAAGCACUACACGAAGCCUACAAUGUUCGCGUUUUAAUAACCUGUCAGAAGCUACCGAAACACCAACGUAGACAUAGACAUAAUUACUUUGGACUAUUGAGUGAAGUUCGUUUUUGUUUCACUCCACAACUUGAAUUAAUUGACUGCCCAAUGGAAGAAGUAGACAACACUAUUGAAUGCCCAAAAUGGAUUGAAUUCCCUGAGUUCAAUUAA